AUGAACCGGGCCGUAGUUGAAGAGUAUUGGGCACUACUCGAAUGCCAAUGCUUGGCUGCUGCGAUAGCCGUCGAAGUGUCUCCGUCGGACGAACUUCAUCGCUUCAAGCCUCGUUGUGGCCAUGGGCCAUCCUUGGCCAUCCGGCUCCACCUAAAGUGUCCGGCCGGCGGAGUCCCAGGGUUCGACGCUUCCUCAUGCAGCGUCUCGAGCUUCAGAGUGGCCAGAAGGCAGUGA